UUUAAUUAUUGAUUUCAACUAUUUCUAGAUGAUAUUUCCACUUUAAAAAGUUAAGAAAAAUUUAAAUUUUCAGCAAUUUGCUUGUUUUUGCAUUAUUUAACUUUCAAAUUUUUAUUCGAUUCGGUUUCCUACAAGCAGUUUCUUAAAAUUCUUCAACCAACUUCAUAGAGACUUAAAGUGUUUCUGAUUUCUGGUAAUAUAAGUGAAAUAUACUUUUAAAAACAAUGCCUCCGAAAAAGAAAGAUAAAAAAAAGAAAAAAGAAGAGGACGAAGAAGUCGGCUACGAUGUUAACACAAUGACGACCGACGAAUUGAAAAAAUACGCCCGUAUGUUAGAAAAAGGCAUUGAAGAAAUGAGAAAACAUUGUAGUUUCUACCGAAGUUCUGGCGAUAAGUUGGCACAAUUCUACCAACUACGGCAGCAAGAUCUUUUGGAAAUGGAAAAUGAACUUUUGUGUAAGGACAUAGAAAUGGAAGAUUUACAGCUAAAAGUGCAGCAAGAAAUCAAUGACAAAGAACAAGGCUUAAACUAUAGAGAAUUUUCUAGUAUACAGCAUGAAAAAAUGGUCAAUUCUGACACAGAAACGAAAAUAGCACAUCUUGCUCAACGCCACCAAAAAGAGCUAAAUCGUUUGAAAGAGGAGUUUAUUGAGAGUGAAAAAGUUCUGGAAGUCAACAGCCGUAGGGUCCAUCUUGCAAAAAGAGCAGCUAUGUAUAGCGCAGCUGAAAAAAUACAAGAUUUAGAAGAGCAUCAGGAAAAGUUAAUAGAGAAAAAUACUGAGGCCUUUACAAAAAUGCUUGAGGAUACCACAUUCGACUUGAAAUUCAAUAUUGAAUUAAUUGAAACGGAAGCAUUAGAAACUAAGAGAAUCGCAGAACACAAGUUUCGUAAUUCUUGUUUAUCGUACAAAGAACAAUUACACGAGUAUUACAAAAACAUAACUAAGGAGGAUUUGGCUGUUAUAAAAGAACUGAAACAGAAAAUACACGAACUUGAAGAAAGCAUUAAAAAGUCUAAAUCAAAGCUAAAAUAUAUUAUCAGUGAAAACCGAGACUUAGAAACUAAUUCUGAACGAAAAUCUGGACGAGGUACAAAAAAAUUGGAUAGUGCAAAAGUCAUCGGUAAUGACAUAGUUAUAUCGAAAGAUUUCUAUAGGCAAAGAAAAAUCGAAAAGUUAAGAAAAGAGAACGAAGUUCUCGAAAAAGAAAUCGAUAGAGUUGAAAAGGAAACUGACAAUCUUAGAUGCCAAUUUACAGACAGUUUGCGUAAAAUUCGUGAUAGUGCUGAACGAAAAGCAAAACUUCUGGAAAACAAAAUUGACGUGUUGUUUGAUUAUACAAAUUGAUAUUAAGUUUUCAAAAAUUAGAUAAAGGCAAUUUUUUUUAAUAUUUUAAAAUACCUGAAUUUAACUUACAAGAUGAUUGUUUUCUUUAUAAU